UUCAGUCAGCAUGGCUCCCCACACACUGCUGCUACUCCUGGCUAUGAUCACUGGCACAUUCUGCUCGCACUACGGUGGUAUCCAUAUUGACUACUACCCAAAGGGAAAAUGCGAAAACGGAUUCUACCAGGUGGAUCUGCGGUUCAAGGAGAGCUUCCUGGGCUCCUGUAGCCUCAGUAACCCCUGGAGCUGCUCCACUGGGGACUGUGGGGUCGUUGCUUCAACUCAAAUUAGCACUGUAUUCAGUGGAACUGAGGCUUGUCAAAAUGAGGGAAUCCUGACUGUUAACGUGACAACGAACAAGCCUUUUGAAAUUAGCUACGGUUCAUGUUGCUGGGUGCACAAUGUACACACUAAUUCUGGCAACUGGAAGGCGGUGUCACAUGUGGAUCUGGGAAUCAGGUCAGACACAAGAGCUUCAAACAGAUCUCCACUAAUGACUAUCCUGCCGGUUAUCAGUCUUGCAAAAAAUUGCCCUGCCACAAUCAAACUGUUGAGUCAUGACCAGGAUGGAGACCAGGUCAGAUGUAGAUUUGGAAAUAAUGGUGACUGUAGUGUGUGUGCUUCCCACGCACAAUUCCACCUGGAUGAAGAGACCUGUGAGCUGCAUUACCGUGGCAAUGCUGCCACUGGUACCCAUGUGUUUGAAAUUGUUGUGGAGGACUUUCCCACAAAUGAUAUCUGGCUAUCUUACUCUGAUGGAACUAAAACAGUAAAACACCCACUGCCUUCAACUCCCAGUAGCUCUGUAACACCAAUAAGCAAGAUUCCUUUACAAUUUGUUAUCAAGGUGAAGCCGUCAUUGGUGAAUUGUACUGAAGGCUUGCUCAUACCUGCUCUUGUGGACCCAAGUCCAGAAGAUGGAGAAAUCUUGAAUGCCCCAGUAGGCAAGCCCCUGGAAAUCUACAUUGCUGCAGAGGCUCAACAGUCACAGCUGACUGACAUAGUGGUGACUGGGCCUUUAGGCAUCAGUAACACCUUUACUGGAUCUAAUGAAAUUAUCACAAAAUGGACGCCAACAGAAAGAGAAGUGGGUGACGAGUUUCCUGUCUGCUUCAGUGCAGAGUCCCAGAGUGGGGGGGAUUUCUACCAUUCAACGAUGCGAUGUGUCAUCGUGAAGGUUAAACCUAAAAUUGGUGAAAGGAAUGUGAUUUGCACGGAGACAACCAUGAUGCUUGAAGCUGAGAGGUCCUUAGUCCAGGGAUUGGAUGGAACUUCCUUUAGCCUCCUCGACCCAUCAUGUGCAGUGUCUUUCAAUAACACCCAUUUGUUCGCCAUCACACCCCUGGACGGCUGUGGAACAGUGGCUGAGGGGACAGGUGAAAAUGUCACCUUCAGAAAUGAACUUAGGAAGGUAGAAAAAGCUGGUGCUGUCAUUACCAGGACAGAUGACAUUGAGAUUGAUUUCUCAUGUAGCUUCACUAAAAAGGGGAGUGUAUCUACAUACUUCAAGGCACUCAAACGUGCCAUGGUGUACACGGAGGAUGGCUUUGGCAAGUUCUCCUUUGAGUUCCAGUUCUUCCACAGUCAGCAUUAUGACAUAAAUGUGGACCCCCUUACUUACCCCAUCGAAGUAAGGCUGAAGGAAAUGAUCUACAUGCAAAUAAAAUCAAAAUCUUCCCUUCAAAACACCGUGCUCUUUGUGGAGUCCUGCAAAGCCACCCCAGAAGAUGGCCCCAACCACGCCACAUUUUACAGCAUCAUUGACAAUGGCUGUAAGAUGGAUAAAACUGUGCAAGUAUAUCCAUCUCAGAGCAAUCAAUUCCGCUUUGGAAUGCAAGCGUUCAAAUUCAUUGGGCUGCAUACUGAGGUGUACAUGAGCUGCUCAGUCAUGCUGUGUCUGGCUGGAGAUCCUAACACAAGGUGUGCACAAGGGUGCAUCAGUCAGAGCCAUAUUGCUAAGAGAUCUGUGCCUGGACAGACUGCCAGACACGACAUAAUGCAGGGCCCAUUGCGGCUGAAGAGGAGCUCCGAUGAUGAAGGUCUCCGUUUUUCAAGUAUUUCCAGUGUGAACAUCAACGUGAAUGUCCUGGCUGUAACCUUCCUGGCUGCCAUGGCCCUUGUGUGUGCAGUGGUGGUCUACAAGAUAAAGAAGUCAAGCGAGAAUCUAGUUCCCUCCUCUGAAAUCUGAGGCAGUGAACACAGAUUUGUCUGAAUAAAAGCCAAGUUAGAUUUCAUAAAACCUUGAAUCACAUUAUUUAUUUCAGGUACAGAAUUAUACAAAAUUUCAGUUCCACAGUCAAUUGCAAUUGCAAUUACAAAUCAUAUGCAAACACAUUGGGAUGCAUGUUAAUAUUAGGGUAGUAUCAGCUGAUAAAAUCUUAAAACAAGAUUAAUGCAUGAUUUUCACCAGCCGGAUUCACAAUUAAAUCCAGACCCAGUAGCACUUUAGGCUAAUGCCUUCUACUUACAAAUAGGACAUUUAAAAUACUUUGUUAAUGAAGUCAGUUUUUUUGUUGAGGUCUCAGCUCAAUUUACAAGUACUCCACGUUUAAUUCACUUUCACAUUUUAAUGGAAACAUUGCUAACUAUGUAUAAUAUAUAUGCAUGGGUUGCUUUUUCCAUUGUUAAGACUGAGCCUUCUUGUUCUCUUUGGUGUGUCAUAAACAUUUGGGGCAUUGAUUGUGUAGAUGGUCUGCUUUGUUUUUAGAAAACAAAUGAGGACCUGGAUGUAGUGAGUAUUUGAUUAAUAUUAAUA